AUUUAUCUGCAACACUGCAAAGGAAGUGCUGGAAAAUAUUCGAUUUUCGGAGUGAUAAUCAAGUGUAACCCGUGAACAAUUACACUUGUCGCAGACGGUGCCGAACGAUGGAGGCAAGGAUGUAUGCGGAUUAAGUGCGGUGAUUGAAUUUGGUACAAAUCAGCAGACCCUGUGUUUGAAUUCCCGUUCCCUUAUGGUUUCGAUCGGUGGAAGCAGAAAAGCUGGCAGAUUGGUGUAGCAAGUACCGCAUCGAAAGUGUUGUGAUAAGGGUAGCUAGCAGGCGUUUUGGAGUUUGAACUGCACCUACGAUUCCAAGGCCUGCUAAGUGGAGCGUUCGGGGGGUGACUUUCCUGCAGAAGCGGACCCAUCAUCUAUUGAACACAUAAACGCGUACGGUGGUGUGUUACACAUCGCCGCCACCCAAAGCUAGUCGCGCUGGAGAUGUUUAAUCGUAUCAAGAACAAGGUGCUCACGGCAGUGGCACUUGACCAACCGGCGCUUCCGUCGGGUGGUUCGACUCAGCAAGCGUACGGUGCGAGCUCUGGCAGUGGUCGUGGUACCAGUAACAAGGACUACGACUCGGGUGGCAAACGUUUGCCGAAAAAGUUCCAGUACGCAAGGCCCCCUUUUCUGCAGUUGCUGACGUACGAUGAGCUGAAGGCGAGCGCCGAUCACAACGUGCGACCGAUCAUCGUGCCGCGUGACAUAACGCUGCUACCGUGGAGCACCGGUUACGCGGAGUGUGUCAAUUCGGGCAAAUCGAAAUGGAACGAGGACCAGGCGGCAUUCCACCGGCAAGUCCUGUCACACCCGUCCAAACAGUACCACGACCUGCCGUACACGUACUUCGGUAUCUACGAUGGUCAUGCCGGGUACGGGGCGGCCCUAGCGGCGGCGAACCAGUUCCAUUACAUACUGCACGAGAAGCUGGUGGACAUAAUCGAUCUGCUGAUGCCGCGGGUCGAGAGUGAGAAUGGGUUCGCGAUGCCACUGCACGCGACCCUGCCGCAUCCGAGCCUGUUCCACAAGCAGGUGUCGAAGGAUGAGUUGAUCGUGGGCGCCCUUGAGGCGGCCUUUGCCGAUAUGGACGCGGUACUGGCGGAGGAUAGGGACAAGUAUAGGAAUGCAGGCGGGUGUACCGCGUUGGUCGCACUGUUCAUACUCGGCAAGUUGUUCGUGGCGAAUGCGGGUGAUUCCCGGGGCGUGCUGUGUAAGCGGGUAAAGCGCCGAAAGAUGCCACCCCAGCGCAUUGAGUGCAAUGGAGUAGUGGCCGGUGCGAUUGUUGAGGGUGAACCGGAACGGGAGGAGGACGAGUUCGAGGUGGUAGCGGAUCCGUGCUCAUUCGAUCACACACCAGACACGGAGCGGCCCCGGUUGCUGACGGUCGGCAAACACAAUCCGGCCCUGCUCGGUGGCGAGUACAUUGCGAUGGAGUACGCAAAGAAACCGACGACGAAGGAUCUGGGAGCGCGCAUUUUAUACCGACAAGGUGCAAUGAAGGGCUGGACGUACAAGACGCUCACAGCCACCGAUCUGAAGAUACCGCUGAUCACCGGUGUCGGCAAACGGAGCCGACUGCUCGGUACGAUCGGUGUAACGCGCGGGUUCGGCGACCACGAUCUGAAGGCGCUCGGCAGUAACCUGCCGAUCAAACCAUUCCUCAGUGCACACCCGGACGUGGUGUGUUUCGAUCUGUGCCAGGUGCGAAGUGAACCGGCGGACGACAACAGUGACGGCGAGUACGGGCUGCUGGUGAUGGCCACCGACGGUCUGUGGGAUGUGAGUGAAUCGCUGCAGGUGGCGAAUACGGUUUUUGGCACACUCAAACGCUUCCCGGCGGAACGGCACCGGUACACAAUGGUCGCCCAGGAGCUGGUAGCCCGAUCGCGUGGCCGUGCGAAUGAAUCCGGGCACUGGCGGCUGUCGGAUUCGCGUGCCGCCGCAACGGUGGAUGACAUCUCCGUGAUCGUUAUACCGGUGUACCAAUACUACCAGGAGUAUCGCGAAUGGACGCAAACGGUUGCGGCACGGAACCAGAUGCGAACCGCGAACGCGAACGUGGUCGCCUCGGUAGCGGAAGCAGAACUCGCCCAGGAACCGCGCACGGCAUCCAACGAAAUGAGCUCCUCGUCCGAAUCGGAACCGCCCGAGGAAGGGCAAGAGGCCGAAAACAAUCUCAACACGAUCAAUCUACCGCCGGCAGGAGGGAAAAUCGUACCGUUGGGUCUUGCCGAUGCGCUUCCCGCAAAGUAAGCGAGCCGCUUCUGCACUCCACCAGGCGCGAAGCCAACCGGGACAGAUCGCUAUUGAUGCGUGUAUGCGUGUGUGUAUAGAAACAUGUACUGCAAUUCUUGUUGUUUUUUGAUAGUCGGAUCUAUAUGCGCUUUGCAGGUGUAUUUUUUUUUGUUAUUAAAAAGCACCCCGUCUACAAAACCAACCCCCGGUGAAUGGGGUUGUGCAGGAGGUGCGCUCAAAUAAGGAAUACAAUAAUAUUGCGAACGAGAGAAUGCAUUAGUAGCAGAAAGUUGUAAAAUUCCACUAUGCUAGAUGGUAGCGACAGCAAGAAACAGAAGAAACCAACCAUUAUCUUAUCGAAAUAUCUAUGCGGCAAAAAAAAAACGGGACACGAGCGUGAAUUGUGUAGCAUAUUAAAA